AUGGACCAGCUGAUCAACAACAGAAACCCGAACGAUAAUUUCACUGUCACCGAAGACGAACAGGUGAGCUCCGUUGAUGAACUUCCAGAGACAGCGCGCAUAAUGAUGGGUCUCCCGAGCUCGGACAAUGGUGACCACUUCCGGUAUAUGCGUAUACACCGGUAUGGCGCAAAUUUCGCAGUCGGUAGAUUGCCAGAUAUGAACAGUUAUCAGAUGACGAUUGGAGAUGGCUUCAUUGGUUGUCACUUAAUACAUAGGCGCAAUGGCCCUCAUUGCAAUGAAAUCAUUAGGGCUUUCUACCAACAAGAUUACGCCAUCGACACUUUGGAAAACAUUGCCUUCAUGGGUGUCGUCAAUGCAGAGACGGCACCACUUGUCAUGAAUGUACACUAUCCCAGCAGAGGCAUAGAAUUCGCAACCGUGGAAGCCGACGAAAACCCCCAGGUCUGGUCACAUGGUACUCCCGAGUACCAGGAGAUACUCGGCACAGCAAUCGGCAAAACGGUGGCCUAUUUCGUCUUGUCUUGUUUCCAGAGAGGUACAAGACCAAUCUCUCGGAUCCUAACUUGGAGUGAGGAUAACUCGCUGUGCAUGGUUUUUGAGAUUGGAAGGACCGGCUGA